ACUUCUUGCCCCAAUCCUCCCUCUGCUAGUUUCAUUUUGAAAGGAGUUGUGUGUAAAGUAGGAAGUAGCAAUACGAUGGCAAGUAACGCUGAAUUACCGUCUGGAUACGACUAUGAGUUUGUUGUACAAGUACCUGAAGACUACAUUUGUAGUAUUUGCCAUCUUGCAAUGCUAAAACCCGUUCAGACAAGAUGUGGACAUCGGUUUUGUAAGGGCUGUUUGGACGCAGCUUUACAGAGAAAAACAAAAUUUCCUCUUGACAACGAGUCUUUGACCUCACAACAGAUAUUUGAAGAUAAAGCGACCGAGCGACAAAUUCUUUCAUUCAAGAUAAAGUAUCCAAACCAUUGUGAUUGGCAGGGAGAACUGAGAGAUGACAAGGUAUAUUGGAGAGUAGUUGCUAUAUAUAGAUUCUACAAGAAAUAAAGAAAAAAAAAAAGCCGCAGCAGAAACAACAACAACACUAACAACAAUAUACGUUGAUAUUACAAAAAGUUUUACAUGACAUUUUAUAAAAAAUUAUAUCAUUUUUUCAAUGAAAAUAUUUAUAAUAUGGAGAAUUUAUGAUCCUGGUGACAGUCUACGACUCGUCCCAACCAGUGCUUUGCCAUCGUUCAUUAAGUCGAUCUAGUCGUAUGUUAACUGCAUGCCAGAGGAGAUAUCAGUAGUCUCCCUUUAUGCUUUGCGCGCGUGGUUUGUUGACAAAAUGGCURCUAUUUCCGGUGAUAUGCCGGGAAGUAAGAUGGUCUCAAUGGGUUUAAUCGUGAGCCGUGAAACGGCUGAAAAAUUAGUAGUGAGUCAUGAAAUGGAGAAAAAAUUAGCCGAGAGGCGUGAAUA